CACUUCAGCAACCUAGAGUUGUUCACUUCCAUGAAGAAUAGGUCCAUCUGGGCCUGCAAACACAGCGGAAAACUGGCCUCCGCAGCUUAGCGCUUGGUUGAUUUCGACCUUUGAUUGUCAGUUACAGGAACCGGAGCAGGAACAGAGGGAGGCGGAUCCGAGAAGAAAACAGAACGCUGUGUUACGGGGAGUGACCGUGAUGAUGGCGUCCCACGGUAACACCGGCAGCGCCUCCAGCCCGAUGGUCAUGCUCGCCCCCAAAACCAAGACCAAAAAGAAACAUUUCGUGCACCAGAAGGUGAAAGUGUUCCGAGCGAGCGACCCAAUGCUCAGCGUGUUCAUGUGGGGCGUUAAUCAUUCGAUAAAUGAUUUGAAUCAAGUUCCAGUGCCUGUCAUGCUGCUUCCUGACGACUUCAAGGCCAACACCAAGAUUAAAGUGAACAACCAUCUCUUCAACAAGGAGAAUCUUCCGAGCCAUUUUAAAUUUAAGGAGUACUGUCCACAAGUCUUCAGGAAUCUCAGGGAGCGAUUCGGAAUUGAAGAUCUUGACUAUCAGGUAUCCCUGGCUCGCAGUGCUCCCAUGAGAGGUGAUGGACAGGGGGAAGGUCUUCUCUUCACGUCCUAUGACCGCACGCUGAUAGUAAAGCACAUCUCCAGCGAAGAAGUAGCUGAUAUGCAUAACAUUCUCUCCGAGUAUCACCAGCAUAUAGUGAAGUGUCAUGGCAGUACACUCCUCCCUCAGUUUCUGGGCAUGUACCGGGUUACGGUGGAGAGCGAGGACACGUACCUGAUCGUCAUGAGGAACAUGUUCAGCCACAGAAUCGUUGUCCACAGGAAAUACGACCUAAAGGGUUCCCUGAUAGAUCGUGAGGCCAGUGACAAAGAGAAGGUAAAAGAGCUGCCCACUUUUAAAGACAUGGAUUUCAGAAAUAACAUGCAGAAGGUGUACGUGACCGAAGAGGAGAAAGAGAAGAUUAUGGAGAAACUAAACCGAGAUGUAGAGUUCCUGGUGAAGCUGAAGAUAAUGGACUACAGCCUGUUGUUAGGCAUCCAUGACAUGGCACGUGGCGAGCGGGAGGACGAGGAGGCCGAGGAGCCGAGCUGUGAAGAUGAUACUGAUCCUGAAAACGGCCUUGCGCCGGCCGUGCAGGUGGGCUCGUACAGCACGUCACCGGAGGGCAUUGCCGGUUACAUGAACUCCUUCAAACCCCUGGGACCUGGAGAAUUUGACCCUUAUGUUGAUGUAUACGCUGUCAAAAGCGCCCCAGGAGCGCCGCAGAGGGAGGUGUAUUUCAUGGGCCUCAUUGACGUGUUGACGCAGUACGACACUAAGAAGAAAGCUGCACACGCUGCAAAGACUGUUAAACAUGGCGCUGGUGCUGAAAUAUCUACGGUUCAUCCAGAGCAGUAUGCCAAACGAUUCCGUGAAUUCAUCUCCAAUAUUUUUGCAUAACUACUUCUGGGUGUCUUUAGCAACACUUCAAGGUCACAUUUCACCCCAAAAUCAAAAGGAAAAAAAAGAAAUUAUAUUUUGCGUAAAGAAAUUAGGUCUAAUUUUAAGUUAAGUUAUUUUUCACUGUGACAUUAUUUUUAUGACAAUAAACACAUUUGCCCCUGUUA